UUUUCUGGCUAUCUAAAUAUAUGGAUCUUCGUAAAAUACAAACUUUAGUCCUCUUGUUCUCCUUAAUCAGUGCUGGCUUCGCCACAAAAACAGUUAAUUUGGUCACUUCAGGAACUCAGACGCUGAAUUUGAUUUAUCAAGAACCCCAAUCUGGAGAGGAAUUAAGAGUACAAGUACAGGUCAACCUAGAUUCUGUGUUAGGGAAUGGAAAUGUUGCCACCGCUAUAUGUGCCAAUACAGGGACAACAACUUUCUCUCUCAGUGAUGGUGCAACAGUUGAAGCAUUUGCUUUUAUGUUCUCUUGUGCAGUUUCUGGUGGAUGUACCGAUUCUCAAGGCGUAGGUGUCACCUUUUUUGGAAGUACGACUCAAUUCUCAUCAAGCAACUGGAACUGGAAGGUCAACACCAGAGUUGAUAUCUCUCCUGUUAACGUUGGGACAGAAGCUGGAGAUGGAACUACUAUUACAUCCACAUUUAGGCUUCCUUCUAAUUAUGCUGACUGGUCAAACGUCCCUCGUCAAGAUGUAACAGCUUACUUAAAAUGAUUUGGUAUCUUCAACGUAGCCACAGCUUCAGGAAAUAUUAAUGCUGAUCAGACUGUUACAUCAUGGGGAGCACAGUCAACCACUGUUACAGUUACUGCUUCGGACCUAGAUGGGUCAAGUAGCGGGACUUCAGGAGCUCUUGGUCAGUUUUCUCUGAUCAAAGUAGGAAUUUUAAUGAUGACAUUUGCUGUUUCAUCAUUCUUAUAUUAA